AUGGCUCUUGAUCCCAGCGAAUAUGACUUAGUCGUAAAUGUUUUAACGCAGACUCUUGAAGAGGAAAGGUCCUUGAGAAUCCGGGCUGAAGAGCAUGCGGAUGCACUUCAAGAAGAGCUUGAUGACUGCAGUCGUUGCCUCGCACAGAUGAAGUACGGCCUAGUUUACCGUAUUGAGGUAGCGGAAUCACAGGCCUAUGACUUCCUAAUUUCAAAGUCUGUUGAUCUUUCCCAGGCCAGUUCAGCGGCCAAGCAGCUUCGCAUGGAUUUCAACAAUCUCCUGCAGAAACACCAAACUGAAGCCGUGAAACAUGAGGAGGAGACUUCGACGGUGAAGGUCGAGGAACAGCGAGACCAGUUGAAGACUUUGAAAGCGGAGGUCGAAUCCCUCUCCUCUUCGGCACGUCAGUCCUCACUAGAUCUAAAAAGAGCCAGAGCUGAGGCAGCAGGAGCGGCAACUAGAGCCGAAUCGUUCUUGAAACAGAUGUCAGUUCUGCGUGAAAAGCUUGUGGAGGCUCAGUCACAAUGUGCUUCGACUCAAGCCGAACUGACAAUCGCUCGCGAACGAAGACAAGCUGCCGAAUCAGCAGCAGCCGCUUCCAAACGCCGCGCAGACGCGGCAGUAUCUCGUGCUGAAAUUGUGGUACAGGAGUCCAAAUCCAAAGCACUUCGUUCAGAGACUGAGGCAACCGACCUGGCCGCCAAGUGGAAGUCCACUUGGAAGUCCCUUCAGGUUGGUCUUUCAUAG